GUCGAUGGUUGGGUGGGGUGGACCAUUGAUGGUGCUGCUGGCCGUGCUGCUGCUGUCGACAGGUACCCAUGAUGUCCAUGCAGCUUGUCCAGACAUAUAUCGCUGGGAGCCAUCAACACAGCGUCAUGAAGUCGUGUUCUCAUAUUCUAAUCGCGAGCAUGAGGUGUGGAUGAGCCAGGAUCCUCGGCAGCGCAAGUGGUUUCUCACUAUUUCAAACGCGGUCGAGGCUAAGAAGACCCAUGUCAAGGUCGUGGAGCGCAAGCAUUCGUAUCCAAUCUUGGCGUCGAUCAUUAGCUUGGUCGUGUUGCUGACAACGAUCUUCUUGAUCAUUCGAUUCACCACAUAACGUAAACAAUCGAUACAAAUCAACGUGUUAACUAGUACACCACCACAGUGCGCUCAAGGACUCGUUCUG